UGGGACGACUUAAUAUUUAGUCUUCUGUGCACAGACGACUAAAUAUUAGGUCGUCUGGUGUACAUUAUCAGCCAGAAUAAGUCGUCUAAACCGGACCAAACCUUAAAGUUUACCAAUGUACGUUUAAAGCUAACCGGAUUAUUUACCCAAUAUAUAAGGUGAUUUUUUUUUUUCAUUUUCCGCGAAAUUCAGAAACCCUAACAGUUCUCUCUCACCGGCGAUAUCAAAGGCGAUUCGAAUUCCCACUAUUUCCGAACAAACCAUCGUUCUCAACGUCGGCUAUCUAUCUCACUUCAUUCUCACCGUUGUCGCCGCAGCUUCUUCUAACCCUAGCGCCGCCGAUUCCUCUAAACCCUAGCGCCCCCGCUUCCACUGUUUCCGAACAAACCGUCGCCCUCGCCACCGUGCUCACCAACGUUCUCACCGCCGCUUCCUCUAAACACUAGCUAGCACCGCCGCUUCUUCUAAACCCUAGCGCCACCGCUUCUUCUCUGUAAACCGUAGCGCCGUUUCUCUGUAAACCCUAACGCCGGUAAGUCAUCAAUCUCGAGGAAAAGAUGAACAUAAAACGUUGUCUCUAUCAAUUUACUCAUUCUCACCGUUUCACGUUUAUUUUUUCAGAUCUAUAACCACAAUGACGAGUACUCCAACUCCUUCUGCGACUAAUCAGACAAAAAGGAUGGAUAUUCCAGAACUCCCCCGUAGGUUAUACACAUUAGGGGAAGAGCCAGAACCCCAGCAUAGCAUUUCGUAUCAUUCGGAUAACAACAGGUUGCAUGCUGCUCUUAAGGGAGCUCUCACUGAGAAAGAAUUUGAAGAGCUCAAGGAGUCGAGAUUGGGAGUUUUCAUCAAGUUCAAGGAGCAGGGAUUUGGUUGGGCUUCAAGGCUGGUUCACCACAUGCUCUGUUUAAAGCUGGACAUUAAGAAGAAGUACGAGAUGUGGUGUCUCGUUGGUCCAGAACCUUUGAGGUUUUCACUGUUAGAGUUUGAAAUGAUCACUGGUCUAAACUGCGAGUACAUCGAGGACCUUGACACACCAAAAUGUGAUGUUACCCCAGAGAUGGUUUCUUUCUGGGGGAAGAUGGGAGUUUAUCUGGAAGCUGGGCCAACUACUGAUCAGAUAAUAGAUGCACUGAAGAGAUGCGGGGAUUGGUCCACGGAAGAUCGCAAGCGGCUCGCGUACCUUUCCAUCUUCACUGGAUUCAUUGAAGGGAGAAAGUUUUCAACCGCUACACGAGCUACUCUGGCAAGGCUAGUGAUGGAUUUAGAACGGUUUGAGAAUUAUCCAUGGGGGAGAGUCUCGUUUAAGGUGCUGAUGGACUCUUUGUGGAACAAAGAGAUUACUGGCUGUUACACCGUGGAUGGGUUUAUACAAGUUCUUCAGGUCUGGGCGUACACAGCUCUGCCGGGAAUGGGUGCUAGUAUUGAUACUUUGAGUAAUGACUCAGCUGAUGGAGAUGCUCUAUAUCUUCCCCUAUAA